AUGAGAAUCCGAGACCAUUUUUUAGGGUUCCAUCUUUCAAAAACAUACAGCGCGUUCUUCCUGUCCAUCGGCGUUUCUCAUCUUCCAAUUCUCACAAGCUGUAGGGAUGGUAAGUUAUCUCUAUCUACGAAUGAUGUCUAUUCUUCUUUACGUGGAAUAAUUUUUUUGUUUAUCUGCAUUCCUGAUGAAAAUUCCGUCUUUCGCAGGCUGAUUCUCCACGGAAAAGUAUCAGAAUUCAUAUCUAACUUCUCACAUUGCCCUUAUCCAAUAUUUUUAUAUGAAUACUUCAGGUACUCCCGUUCCCCUUCUCCCCAGGAGAAGGAGGCGCGUAGGUCAGGAUCAAGGUCAAGGUCUCGAUCCUUGUCUAGGCCUAAGGAUUCCAGGGAAAGGUCCAGGAGUCAGGAAAGGACUGAAGAAGUUAAUCCUGGAAAUUCACUCUAUGUGACUGGGUUAUCUACUCGAGUCUCUGAAAGAGAACUUGAUGAUCAUUUCUCAAAGGAAGGGAAGGUUUCGUCUUGUUUCUUGGUUGUGGAGCCCCGCACUCGCAUUUCUCGUGGAUUUGCUUUUGUAACAAUGGAUAGUAUGGAUGAUGCUGAUCGAUGCGUGAAGUAUCUCAAUCAAUCAGUUUUAGAUGGUCGAUGCAUUACUGUUGAGAAAUCUCGGAGAAAGAGCGCAAGAACUCCAACACCAGGACGCUACCUUGGCAUGAAUAACUCCAGGGACCAUGGUUACCGUGGUAGGAGUCGUGGAGGUCGUGAUGAUUAUGGUUAUCGUAGAUCUCCCAGGCGUUCAUCGUACGAAGUUGGUCGUGGUCGUGAUCGUGAUCACAAUUAUUCCCCCAAGCGAUCAACAUCGCACGAACGUGGGGGUUACUCCCCGAGGCGAUCACCACCAUACAAAAGUGGCGGAUACUCCCCGAGGCGAUCACCAUCAUACAAAGGUGGCGGAUACUCUCCGAGGCGAUCACCACUACCAUACAAAGGUGGCGGUUACUCUCCGAGGCGAUCACCACCACCAUACAAAGGUAGCGGUUACUCUCCGAGGCGAUCACCACCACUGUACGAAGGUCAUGGUCACUCUCCAAAGAGAUCACCACCCCUAUACGAAGGUCGUGGUCACACUCCAAGACGGUCAUCACCGCCGUACGAAAGUCGUGGUCACACUCCAAGACGGUCAUCACCGCCGUACGAAAGUCGUGGUCACUUUGUAAGGCGGUCAUCACCCCCAUAUAAUGGGGGUGAUGGUUAUACUCCCAGGCAGUCACCACCCCAACCAUACAACGGCGGUGGUGGUGGUGGUGGUUACUACUCACCAAGGCGGUCAUCACCGUACAAAGGUGGUGGCGGCGGUGGUGAUUACUCAAUGUAUGGUGAGGGUUCUCCCUAUGGUGGUGGUGGGGGACGCCAAUAUUCUCCUCCUAGGCCUUCUUACGGUGGAAGGUCAACAAGGGAUAGGUCAAGGUCUCUUCCAUAUUCCCAUUAUGGUAGAUGAGAGGUGGGUCAUUCUUCUCUGCUCAUGUUCACAUGUGGAUAUGAAAAUUAGCAUACAAGAAUUGAUAAAAAUGACUGCUUAAUUUGAUAAGAGCUUUUUCUUCAUCUGGGGAUUUUUUUUCUUGUAAGAACUUGGGAUUAUUUUGGUCUUUUACCAUACAUUGAAAGAUAAUGGCUUUUUUUCAAAAACAACUUUUUGAAUCGAUUUAUUACCAA